GCUCCGGUCUCUGCGCACCUACGCGCUUCAAGUUGUACACGUGGUUUCUCUGUAUUUUUCGGAACAUCACCAGAUGCAGCGCGCGGUGUUUGCAACGGUGCGGGAUGACCUUGAACAAGUUGCUGACGUGGUUGGACUGUGGUUCGAAAGCGAGGAAAAGACGGCGGACCUGAACCGGAUCCUUCGCACUCUAGAAUCUCAGCUGCAGACAUGGAGCGCCGGAAUCGCAGCACUACCUACAAACGACAUUGCGGGAGACGAGGCAACAAAUCCGUGUUUUCUAUCGCACCUCGUGGCGCAG